UCAGAUGACCUGGGAAGGAAAGAAUCAAUCGCCAUUGCAAUCAGUUCGAAAUCAUUCAAUAUGCUGGCUCGGGCAAUCAUCUGGCGUGCCGGACGCGAGGCGCUGUUUCAGUUGCAUCGAAGAACAUAUGCCUCGACCGCACUGACUCCGAAGCAGAUCAAAAUCGUCAAAUCGACCAUCCCCGCACUGGAAGAACAUGGAGUCGAAAUUAUGACGCUCUUCUAUCGCCAACUGCUCGACAAACACCCGGAGCUCAGGAACAUCUUUAACACGGCCCAUCAGGACACAGGCGAGCAGCCAGCCGCCCUUGCGCACGCCGUGUGGGCAUACGCCGUCAACAUCGAGAACCCCGAGGCCAUGAAGACAGCCAUUUCUCGCAUUGGACAUAAACAUGCGAGCCUGGGAGUCACUGCGGACCAGUAUCCGAUUGUGGGCGAAGGGCUACUCUCGGCGAUCAAGCAAGUCCUCGGGGACGGAGUCAAUUCACAGGACAUGGACGCUUGGGACGCUGCAUACUGGCAGCUCGCCGAGUACUUCAUUACGUUUGAGGAAGGCCUGUAUCGCGAGGCUAUGGCGACACCCGGCGGCUGGAAAGGAUGGCGCAAAUUCUUCAUCUCUGACAAAGUGCAGGAGAGUGAGGAGAUCAUCUCCUUCCAUCUCACGCCAGCCGACCAGGGAACUUUACCAUCCUACAAGCCUGGCCAGUUUGUCAGCAUUCGAUGCUUUGUGCCUGAGCUCGGGACAUUCCAGCCCCGCCAAUAUAGUCUGUCUGACGUGCCGAAUGGAAAAUAUUUCCAAAUCUCGGUCAAAAAAGAGUUUGCAUCGGAUACCAAACCGGCCGGUCGAGUGUCUAAUGUCCUUCACGAGUCGCUGCCGGAGGGGUCUGAGGUGGACAUCAGCAUGCCCUUUGGUGAUUUCGUCUUGGAUAUCAACGCUAUGACGCCCGUGGUGCUUAUCAGCGGAGGAGUUGGAUUGACGCCCAUGAUGGCAAUGCUGAAGAAGAUAACUGAGGAGGGCAAGUCGAGGAGAGUGGUAUUCAUCCAUGCUGCACGCAACGCACGUGUCCAUGCUAUGAAAGACACCCUCAUCGAGAUUGUGAGGGACAACCCCCAAGUCACCCGUCUUGUUUAUUAUGAGCGAGUUGAAGAAGGCGAUACACCGGGGCUUGACUAUGAUCACGAGGGGCGCGUGGACCUCACGGAGGUCAAGGACAAGGCGAUUCUGCCUGGAGCGGAUUACUAUAUCUGCGGGCCGUCGCCGUUUAUAAAUGCUCAGAGCAAGGCACUUCGGAAUCUGGGUGUUGACGAGAAACACAUUCGCAUGGAGGUUUUUGGGUCGCCAUCUUCCUGA